GCGGCGGAAGACCAGAGGCAGGCGGAGGAGGCGGCUCGGGCGGAGGCGGAGGCUGAGGCCGCGAGGCAGGCAGAGGAGAGGUCUCGGGCAGAGGCGGCGGAAGCCCAGAGGCGGGCGGAGGAGGCGGCUCGGGCGGAGGCAGAGGCCACGAGGCAGGCAGAGGAGGCGGCUCGGGCGGAGGCGGAGGCCACGAGGCAGGCAGAGGAGGCGGCUCGGGCGGAGGCGGAGGCCGCGAGGCAGGCGGAGGAGGCGGCUCGGGCGGAGGCGGAGGCCGCGAGGCAGGCAGAGGAGGCGGCUCGGGCGGAGGCGGAGGCCGCGAGGCAGGCAGAGGAGAGGCCUCGGGCAGAGGCAGCGGCCAACGCGCAGGCCGAGGAGAAGGAGGCCGGGUUCCAGAGGCUGGAGGAGGGAUUCCAGGGCGCGGCGGAGGCGGGAGACAAGACGCUGGCGGAGGACGACAUGCAUGCCAAUGAGCAGGAGGCCGGGUUCCAGAGGCUGGAGGAGGGAUUCCAGAUCGUCACGGAGGCGGAAGACAAGAAGGCGCUGGCCGAGGAGAAGGAGGCCGGGUUCCAGAGGCUGGAGGAGGGAUUCCAGAUCGUCGCGGAGGCGGAAGACAAGGCCACGGCCCAGGGCAGCAAGGUUGCUGAUGAGCAGGAGGCCGGGUUCCAGAGGCUGGAGGAGGGAUUCCAGAGCCUGGCAGAGGCCCAGGCAAAUGCGGAAGCCGAGAGGCCGGCGGAGCAGACGACAGGCGCAGACGCCAAGAGGCAGGCAGAGGAGGCGGCGGAGGAAGGAUUCCAGAGGCUAGAGGCGGGAUUCCAAAGACUAGGAGAGGCGCAGGCGUAG